CUAUCUAGCAUUAAUGCAAGUAGAACGUGAGUUCAUACCCCUACACAUUCCGACCCCACAUACUGUCUUCAUCCAUAGCGAUAGUCUAGCGGUCUUGUCGGCGAUCGUUCAGUUACAAACGACAAAGACAGGACAAUACUUGAUAAAACAAGUGCUUGACAAAAUCGAAAGGAUCAAAAGAAUGGAAGGAAGAGAAAAAACCAUAGUCCAAUUGAACUGGAUCCCAGGACAUACGGCCAUCUAUGGUAACGAACUAGCUGACGGAACAGCCAAUGAGGGGAUGCCUACAUGUGCUCAUCAUACCAGAAUUGGCUUCGCUCUUAGGACUUCAUACUCAGUAAUGUGACCCAGAAUGCGCGAACGCUAUACAACACCCUGCAAUUCGAAGCGCCAAAACUUCCGGUCAUCAAGCCCAACACCUCAAAAUUAUCAGCAGUAAGGCUGAUAGCCUCAAAAACGGCCAAGGUUCCCAAAAUGAACUUGUUUUAUCAAAUAUGCUAUAUCUGUUUCUUGGUAAGGUUUAUUUAUUUAUAGAUUUUUAUUGUUUGGUUGUCCCUUGUUGUCCCCUAAUUAAUAUUUAUACGUUCG